GGGUGCAGGAGGUAACAGCCACCCCCGCCGACCCCCCAGGUCUGCAGGACACCGCCCCCCCAGCCCCCCCCACCGGGACUGACCCCACUCUCAACGGGGGCCCAGAGCCGGAGCCCCCCCUGGGCGCCGCCGAGGCCAUGGAGCGGCUGCAGGAGACGGAGAAGAUCAUCGCGGAGCUGAACGAGACGUGGGAGGAGAAGCUGCGGCGCACGGAGGCCCUGAGGCUGGAGCGGGAGGCGCUGCUGGCUGAGAUGGGGGUGGCUCUGCGGGAGGACGGCGGCACCGUGGGCGUCUUCUCCCCUAAAAAGACCCCCCACUUGGUGAACCUCAACGAGGACCCGCUGAUGUCCGAGUGCCUCCUCUACCACAUCAAGGAUGGUGUGACCAGGGUGGGCCAGGUGGACGUGGACAUCAAGCUGUCGGGGCCGUUCAUCCGGGAGCAGCACUGCCUGUUCCGCAGCUGCCCCGACCCCUCGGGGGAAGUUGUGGUGACGCUGGAGCCGUGUGAGGGGGCCGAGACCUACGUCAACGGGAAGCAGGUGACGGAGCCGGUGGUGCUCAAGUCGGGCUACCGCCUGAUUUUGGGGAAGAACCACGUGUUCCGCUUCACGCACCCGGAGCAGGCGCGGCGGGAGCGGGAACGGGGGGCUCCCCCCGGGCCCCCCCUGGACUGGAACCUGGCGCAGCGGGAGCUGCUGGAGCAGCAGGGCAUCGACAUGCGCCUCCAGAGACUCCAGGAGCUGGAGAACCAACCCCAGCCAGAGAAGGAGACGGUGGAGCAGCCGCAGCCCCCCACGGCGGACCCCCACUGCUACGAGGCCGGCUGGCGCCUGAUCUCGUCGCUGCGCGCGGCGCUGCCGGCGCCCGCCGUGCGCUCGGUGCUGCGCCGGGCCGGGCUCCCGCUGCCGGCGCCGGGAAAGCGCCGGGAGCCCCUGCGCGUCUACCAGAUCCCGCAGCGGCGCCGCGGGGGCUCCUCGGCCCCCGCCUCGGCCCCGUCCUCGUCCUCGUCCUCGUCCUCGCCUCAGCCCUCGUGGGUGACCAUGGCCGACCUGAAGGCGCAGGCGGUGCGGGAGCUGAGCCUCGAGGUGGCCCUGCGGGAGCCGCGGCCGGCACGGCGCGAGCUGGAGGCGCUGAGCCUGGCCCGGCUGCGGGAGCUGUGCCGGCGCCACGGCAAGCGAGAGCCCACCGAGCGCGACGGCUGGCGCGCCGUGGCCAGGGACGUGUGGGACGCCGUGGGCGGCGGCGAGGACGAGGAGAGGGGCGGCGGCGGCGGCGGCGGCACCUGCGAGCGGGUGAGCGAGGUGGAGGGGCUGCGGCUGCACCUGGACAGGCUGGCGGGGAUCCUGCGCGAGGUGAAGCGGCAGAACAGCGCCAAGGACGAGCAGAUCCGCGCCCUGCGCGACCGCGUGGGGCAGAUGGAGAGAGUCAUCCCGCUGCCGCUGGUGAGGGGCAACCCCCCGGGCCGAGCCCUGGCACCCACAGCCUGA